GCAACCAAACCUCGUGAACCCUUUCCCUCUCGCCCCCAGCUACCUAACUAAACAAACCCACCUCUCUCUCUCUCUCUCUCUCUCUCUCUCAGCCCCACCCCUAACCCCCAUCUGACCAGAAACAGCCCACACCCCAAUUUUAUUUCCCCAUUACUGUGAAACCGUUUUCUCUUUGGCUUCCUUAAACCCCCCAAAUAAUACCCAAUUCUCUCUUUCUCAUGGCCUCCCACCGAGACGACGUCGUUUUGCCCGGAGAGGACCUCUCCUCUUCUUCCUCACAGGACGAGGACGAGGACGACGUCGUCGACGACGAUGAAGACGACGACGAAGAGUUGGAAAACGACAACGACGAUGUCGCCCUUCCUUCCACGUCAUCCGCCGCACCCAACACCGUAACGGUCGCCCUUCCGGCGCCGCCCAAGGCCGAGCCUCCCGCAAUUCUCGCCAUCUCCGUGAUCGCCGAUCCCUCCUCUGAUCGCCACAGAAACGACGUCGUUUUGGCGGCUCAGCCGGAGGAGAAGAAGCCGCCGGCGACCUUGGACGACUCGCGGAAGCUAUUCCAGAGGCUGUGGACGGACGAGGACGAGAUCGAGCUCCUCCAGGGGUUCCUCGACUACACGGCGCAGCGCGGGAAGACCACGCACCACGGCCAAAAUGACACCGCUCUGUUCUACGACCAGAUCAAGUCCAAGCUCCAGCUCGACUUUAACAAGAACCAGCUCGUCGAGAAGCUCCGGAGGUUGAAGAAGAAGUACCGGAACGUCCUCAACAAAAUCUCCUCCGGAAAGGAAUUUUCUUUCAAAAGCCCUCACGACCAGGCCACCUUCGAGAUCUCCCGCAAGAUCUGGAGCAACAUCGGCGCAAUCGCCUCCGUCGCCGAUGACAACGCCCUCGAGGACGACGAUGCCAACCCUAACAGUACCGCCAAUUUCGCCGUCGAGGUCAAAGGCGAGGACGCCGGGGCUUUCUCCGGCGAGAAGAAGACGCCGCCGAGGUCGCGGAAGCGAUCACGGUUGAAAUCCGAUCCGAGAACCGACGACAGACGCUGUUUCAGCGACGGUCCGGCGGCGAUGAAGGACAAUUGCAAUAAUAACAGCGGUGGAACUGGAAAUAAUCACAGCAACGGUAAUAAUGUUCAGGGGGUGAUAGAAGAGACGGUGAGGAGCUGUUUGUCGCCGUUGCUCAAGGAAUUGUUGGGUAACGCCAUGGGAGGACCUUGCGCGGCGGCGACCCGGGGUUUCGGAGGUUUGGCGCUGAAUCCGAUACCGUUGAACUUCAGCGUUCCGGCCAUGAAUUUGGGAAUUGGGGAGGUGGGCGACGAGAGGUGGAGGAAGCAGCAGAUUCUUGAGUUGGAGGUGUACUCGAAGCGAUUGGAGUUGGUGCAGGAUCAGAUAAAGGCGGCGUUGGACGAAUUGAGGUCCAGAGGAGGGUCAUGAUUUGAAGGUUUGGGUACAAAAGAUAGAGACUUUGAAGGAAGAAGGGGUGAAGAGACUUGAGUUUUUAUUUUAUUUUAUUUAAUUUAGCCUUCUUGGUUCGUAUAUAUUUGUUCUGAUCACUGAUCAAAUGGUUGAUAGUAUAGCUAGAGUUUGCAUCUGAAAUUAUUUAUCAUCCUUUGUUUGAAUUGAUAGAACAGCUGGGUUGAAUAAUGAUUUUCCCUGACUACUUUUUAGUCA